AUGUGGGGGUCUCUGAGGUGUCCCUCUCGUGUCGCGGUUCCCGCCGCUGACGUGUCCCCACGUCUGUCCCCAGGUGUGUCCGUCUGUCCCCAGGUGUGGCCCCAGGUGUUCCCAGGUGUGGCCCCGCCCCCUUUCCUGCUCCCGCCGGCCAAGGGUCACGCGCCCCUCCUCCCAUUGGCUGGCGAGGGCGGGGCCGGCGAUAUUGUCACUGUCACCGCUGGCGCCGGCCCCACUUGGGGACAGAACGUGGCCGCGGCCAUGGGGGGGACACGAGGGACGGUGCUGGUGGCCCUGAGCUGCGCCAUCACAGCCGCCCUCGUGGGGACAACCAGAGCCCAGGGGAGCUCCGGGGAGCUCCUGGACAUCAAUGGGACCACCACGACCUCCUCGGAGACCACCAUGGACAUCAAUGGGACCACCACGGUCACCUCAGAGACCAUCAUGGACAUCGCAGAGACCACCACGACCACCCCAAGGACGUCCACAACCCUCACAGGGACCUCCAGGGAGCCCAUGGUCACCACAGGGACCUCCACAGAGUCCAUGGACACCUCAGGAACCUUCACAACCAUCACAGGGGCCUCCACAGAGUCCAUGGACACCUCAGGAACCUUCACAACCAUCACAGGGGCCUCCACAGAGUCCAUGGACACCUCAGGAACCUUCACAACCUCCUCAGGGCCCACCACGACCAACACAGGAAUCUCCACAACCACAUCAAGGACCACCCCGACCAUCUCAGUGACCUCCACAACCGUCCCAGAGACCUCCACGACCACCCCUACGACCACCCCUAUGAGCACCCCGACCACCAUAGGGACCUCCACGACCUCCUCAGGAAGCUCCACAAUCACACCGGGGACCACCACCACCUCCUCAGGGUUCUCCACGGCCACCUCAGGGACCACCACAACCACCCCAGAAAUGGCACCGACCAGCUCGGAGACCUCCACGACCACCUUAGAGGCCACCACCACCUCCUCAGGCUCAGGGACCUCUCCAACCUCCUCAGAGACCUCCACGACCACCUCAGGGCCCACCAUGACCAACCCAGGAAUCUCCACCACCACCCCAAGGUCCUCCACGACCAGCACAGAGACCUCCACCACCUCACUGACCUCCACGACCACCGCAGAGAUGACACCAACCAACACAGAGACCUCCACGACCACAUCAGGGCCCACCAUGCCCACCACAGGGACCACCUCAACCGCCUCAGGGACCUCCACGACUGCACCAGAGACCAUCACCACCUCCUCAGUGACCACCACGACUUCAGUGACCGCUCCUAAGGCCACCACGACCACCUCAGGAUCAUCCACGACCACUCCAGUGACCACCACGACCAACACAGAGGCCACCCCACCCACCACAGGGACCUCCCUGAGCACCACAGAGACCCCACUGUCCACUUCAGAGAGCUCCACGAUGAUCACAGAGACCUCCACAACCACCUCAGGGACCACCCCGACCUCCUCAGAGACCUCCAUGACCAGCCCAGAUACCAUUGCAACCACCUCAAGGUCCUCCACGACCACCCCAGUGACCACCAUGACCUUCCCAGAGACCUCCAUGACCUCCUCAGGGUCCACCCCGACCACUCCAGUGACCUCCACGACCACCUCAGGAUCGCCCACGACCACCCCUGAGACCAUCUCGACCACCACAGGGACCACCCCGACCAUCACAGCGUCCAUCACGACCACCCCAGAGAUGACACCAACCUCCUCAGAGACCUCCACGACCACCCCAGUGACCACCACCACCUCAGUGACCACCCCUGAGACCAUCUCGACCACCAUAGGGACCAUCCCAACCAUCACAGGGUCGUCCAUGACCACCUCAGGGACCACCACGACCUCAGUGACCACCCCAGGGACCACCACGACCACCUCAGAAAUCUCCACAACCACAUCAGGGACACCCACAACCACCACAGUGACCACCGUGCCCACCACAGGGACCUCCACGACUUCAGUGACCACCCCGACCAUCACAGCGUCCUCCACGACCACCUCAGAGAUGACACCAACCUCCUCAGAGACCUCCACGACCACCCCAGUGACCACCACAGCCACCUCAGAAAUCUCCACAACCACAUCAGGGACACCCACAGCCACCACAGUGACCACCGUGCCCACCACAGGGACCUCCACGACCACCCUAGAGGUGACACCAACCACAGUGACCAUUGCAACCACCUCAAGGUCCUCCACGACCACCCCAGUGACCACCAUGACCUUCCCAGAGACCUCCACAACCACAUCAGGGUCCACCACAACCACCCCAGAGACCUCCACGACUUCAGUGCCCACCCCAGUGACGUCCACGACCACCCCAGUGACCACCCCGACCAUCACAGGGUCCUCCACGACCACCCCAGAGAUGACACCAACCUCAGUGACCACCCCUGAGACCAUCUCGACCACCCCAGUGACCACCACGACCAACACAGGGACCUCCACGGCCACCCCAGUGACAUCCACAACCUCCUCAGGGACCACCACGACUUCAGUGACCACCCCAGUGACCACCACAACCACCUCAGAAAUCUCCACAACCACAUCAGGGACACCCACAACCACCACAGUGACCACCGUGCCCACCACAGGGACCUCCACGACCACCCCAGAGGUGACACCAACCACAGUGACCAUUGCAACCACCUCAAGGUCCUCCACGACCACCCCAGUGACCACCACGACCUUCCCAGAGACCUCCACGACCACCCCAGGGCCCACCCCAAGCACCUCAGAGACCUCCACGACCACGUCAGGGAUCCCCAUCACCACCCCAGUGACCACCACCACCACGACCACCUCAGGAUUGUCCACGACCACUCCAGUGACCACCACGACCCCCUCAGGGACCACCAUGCCCACCACAGGGACCUCCACAACCACCCCAGAGUCCACUCCACCCACCACAGAGACCUCCCUGGGCACCACAGGGACCUCCACGAGCACCUCAGUGACCACCCCGAUCUCCUCAGAAACCACCACGACCACCCCAGGGACCACCACGACCCCCUCAGAAAUCUCCACAACCACAUCAGGGACACCCACAGCCACCACAGUGACCACCGUGCCCACCACAGGGACCUCCACGACCACCCCAGAGGUGACACCAACCAACUCAGAGACCUCCACGACCACCCCAGUGACCACCACCACCUCAGUGACCAUCCCUGAGACCAUCUCGACCACCACAGGGACCUCCCCGACCAUCACAGGGAACCUCCACGACCGCCUCAGGAAGCUCCACAAGCACCUCAGUGACCACCACAACCACCCCAGAGAUGCCACCAACCAACUCAGAGACCACCACGACCGCGCCAGUGACCACCACGACCUUCUCAGGGACCUCUCCAACCUCCUCAGAGACCACCACGACCGCCCCAGUGACCACCACCAGCACCACCUCAAGGACCACUGCGACCACUCCUAA